UCCGCCCACCUCCUCCUCCUUCCCCAUUGGCCAGCGCAGGCAGUUUGAAUUUUUUUUUUUUCAGAUGCUUGUUUUCUUGUAAAAAAAAAAAUACUGUACCCCAGAUCGCGUGAUGAAAAAUACAGUACCCCAGAUCGCGUGACAACUUCGCGGCCCGAGGUGGGGUGUUUUAGCUGGUUUUGUGGAGGCGGGGGCGGGGGGAGGAGGACGGGCGGCGCCUCUGUUCCAAAUUCUGUCCCCCCCCAGCCCCCAAAGUGCGGUUGAUUGUGUGCAGGCUGGUCAGGGAGCGUAGGGCUGCGGUAAAUAAAAAGAAGCUUCGGCUGGGACUGAGAUGUAGUAUAAAAACGUUAAUGGAUGUCCAGGGCGCGCAGUUCGCCGGCUGCUGGCCAGAGGUACUAAGAAGGCGCGAGCAGGAGUCCUGCUGAGGAAUGCACCUUCCCCUGCCUUGGAAAGGUAGAAUUGGGGAAGGCGGGAGGGUGAAGGUGGUCCGAGAAAGAACAGCUUCUCCUCGAUACCAAGGGGGAAAAAAAAAAAAAGAAGCAGAAGAAAUGGAAAUAUAGCAAAAAUGUAUUAUUUCAAGCUCCACCCAGUCAGAAUCCACCAUAAUUCAGCCAGUCGGUGUCAUUUUUUACUGAAUUAAAAAAAGAUAGUGUUCUGUCUUUGAUUUCCAUAGUGGAUUUCUUUCUUGUUAUACCUGUGGUUCCGUUUCCAGGGUGUUUUUUAGUAAGGAAAAUGUUACAGAUCGAGGUAUGAAAUAGGACUUUUUAAGUGCCUUUUAUUUCUGGGCCUGGAAAUGAAUUCUAUUGGUAAAAUACUUUAAGAUUUAGGAUAAUGUUAUUUGUAAUACAGGUCUAAUAGAAAUGGUACCUUUUAUUAAUUAGAACCCAGUUAGAUUUUACUUUACUGUGGACAAUUUAAAAGGUUGUAAUUCAAAUUAUUCUCCAAAUCACUCUAUCUACAGAUAAAUGAAGUAGCGUAUAUACAUACUUUUUUUUUUUUGACUGUUAGUCUUGUUAGUGUUGCAGGUGAUUUUUAUCAGAUGUCCAGUGCAGCCUUCAGUCUAACAGUUCCUAACCCAACUCCCAGUCCAGUGGUGACAUUUUUUAGUUUUUAGCUCUCCCAGUCUUUCCUAGCCUAACAAACCCCUUAGUUACCCUGUUCAACUAAGCUUCACAAAGCAUCAUAACACAACCUGUUCGUACCCUUAGCAAGCCUGUACUCGUUUAAUCUCUCAUCACAAAGGCCCACUAAUCACUCCUGACCUCCAGCAGACCCACCUAAUUAGGGUGGACACUAUAAAGAAACAAACAAAAAAAACCAAACCCAUUGCUGUCAAGUCAAUUCUGACUCAUAGUGACCCCAUAGGACAGAGUAGAACUGCCCCAUAGGGUUUCCAAGGAGCACCUGGUGGAUUCGAACUGCCAACUGUUUGGUUAACAGCCAUAGAUAGCACUUAACCACUAAGCUACCAGGGUUUCCAUAAGGAAACAGAUGUGUGUUAAUAUAAAGGGGAAUUCUUUGAGUUAAGAUUGCUCCAGAAUGGACUGACACCUAACCCAACAGGUUAUGCUAAUGAGGUGACUCUUGGGUGGAAGCCUGCCAGGCCAGAAAGACCCACUUGUGUGAUAACAACUUUGGAAUAUCAGCCUGGUGAUAUUCCCUGACCUCAGGGGAGAGGGGCUGGAGUUUGGAUUACACAGUGGGACCCCCCCCAAUAAAUGCUCUGGAUGCUGAAGCUCCUAGGGCUUCCUGGCUGGUGAAAGACAUCAAUACUGUCGGAGGGUAGUGUGUCCCUUUUUGAGACUUGGAAACUCUGCAUUGGAAACCUUCCCAGACCUUACCCAAUUGUAUCCGUUUUGCUAUAAUAAAAUUGUAAUUGUAAGUAUAGAGCUUCCCAUGAGUUCUGUGAGUUGUUCUAGUGAAUUAUUGAACCGUAGAGAGUAUUUUUUUUUUUUUUAGAGAGUAUUGGAAGCCAGCAAGUCAGAAAUGCGGGGUUCUGGAAACCCCCAAGCUUGUGGCUGUCACCUACAGUAUUGGGCAAACUUGUCAGUCUGGAAAACUGUACCGUUUUAACUUGAGGCCUGACCUAGCUCAGGAGGUACGAUCAGAGGGAGAAGUGGUGCAUGUGCAGCUAGUAUUGGAACAGAUGUGAACAGAGGGAAUAGAACUGGUAAUAAAUUGAUUUGAAUUGAUCCGUACAGUUUGGCGUCAGAGAGAAGGAAUUUGAUAUCACAGGAUAAAUAAAAUUUAAAAUUAAUAUCUGUUUCUUUUUACUUUGUUAGUAUUACUAGGCAAUUUUAAUUUACAGGUGUGGCUCGCAUUGUUUUUCUUGUGGCUAUUGCUAUUCUAGACCAACACUUAUGGUGACUGGAAGUAGGGAUAUUCAGGCAGGCAGAAGGUCUGUCUUUGAGAGUGGUGACUGAUAAUACAGGAGUGGGUGGCAAUCUUCAGUUUCUAUCCUAAAUUCUCAAAUUAAAACAAGACCCACACUCAGUCUUUGGAACCUUUUGAAAAAGAAGUCCACCGGCACCUAACACCUACUGCUUAAUAUUUAGCACUUAGUAUUGGGUUCAAGCCCAGAUUAUUGGAGUAUAAAGUACAUCUGAUUAGAUCAGACUUGAGCACCACAGUUUUCCACAUGAUGUUAGUAGAGAGACUUGGAAGUCCAAUUGAUCAGAAAUGACUCUGGAAAAAAAUUUAGAUCCCAAGUAAAGCCUCCACAGGUACCAGCUCUUCACUAUACUUCUUCAGGAGACAGGAAGAUGGUGGGGAGCUGGAGCAGUGUUCUCAUUCUAAGAAUGUAUCUCUAGCAGAAGAGUUGAACCAAUGAAAAGGUGUACAAUAUUCUUGGACAGGAAUAUCCAACAUAAUAAUGAUGGCUAUUCUCCCUAAUUAAAACUAUACAUUCAGUACAAUCCCAAUUUUUAAAAAAUGUCCAUAGGAAUUAUAUUUGAAAAUAGACAAAUUGAUUUUAAAUCCACAUGGGAAAAUUAAAAAAAAAAAAAAAAGAGUAAAAACCUGUUGAGGCAGGGGGAUGGGAAGUGGAGCUAGUCCUACCAGAAAUUUAAAAAUGUACUCUAUAUUUGCAGAAAUUUAAAUUAUAUGGCCCUGGGUGUAUUUUUUACCAACCAAACAAUGGAACAAAAUAGGCUGUUCAGAAGUUAUCAUCAUAAUUUAGUAUACAAUAAUGCUGGCAUUUCAAAUUAGUAGUAGGAAGAGAGUUAUGCAUUUGGGGUCUAUCUGAAAACAAAAAAUGUGGGAUCCUUAUCUCACAUUUGGCACCAAGAUAAAUUUCUGCAAGAAUAAAGAGCAAAGUGUAAGAAAAUGAAACCAUAGACAUACCAGAGGAAACCAUCAGAGGAUAUAAACUAUACAGAGUACAAAACUUUAGGUAAAUAGAGGUACAGUUAGCAUCACUCAGACUCAUUAGAGGUCAUUAUUUUUUCUUGAUGGUUUAACUUUUGUCCCUUCCUUUGUAUCCAAGGCUGAGUGACUUUCUUUCCCAGCCUCAUGGGUGACCAGAGGAGAAAGGAGUUUGCAUAUAUGGAAGCCAUGACCACCCUUCCGGCUCAGUGUAAAAUCCCUCUCAUCUAAACCAUCUGUUUUUCACUUAGUGGCGUUAAUCACCUUGCUUUGCCUACAGAAAUCCCCUGAAUCAGCCACUUAUAGUCAGUAAAACUGUCUCUCAAUGCGUCCUCAUUCAUUCCUGCUUUUAUUGUAUUUGUAUUUGGGCCAAUAAUCCAAGUCUUUUCAAAAUCAUAACCUUAUUCUGGCCUUUCCUUCAAGCUCUCUGUUCUCUUUUAAAAGUUUCUAGCAGAGUUUAUUAUAUGAUUAAUGUGAAGUAGCAAAUCAAUCGAGACUAUAUUAUGUAAUAAAUGGUGUUAGAUUGUUUAGCUAAACAUUUGGAGAUAAAUGUUAAAUCCUUCCUUACACACACACACACACACACACACACCAACAAUUCCAGCUAGAUUACAGGUCUAAAUGUAAAAUUAAAAAAGCUAGAAGAAAAUAUAGGAGUUUUUUUUUUUUUUAAUGGUCUCAAAGUAGAAAGGCUUUUCUUAGUGUAAAACCAAGACCAGGAGCCAAAUAGGCAAAACUUGCCAGAUUGGACUAAAUAAAAAGGGUAAAACAAAAACAAAGCCAAACAACCCUUCGAUCUUUGUACUAUAAAAGACAUCAUUAGAAGAGUUAAAAGGCAACUGAUACAUGGGGGAAAAUAUUUGCAAAAUAUUUGGUAGCCAAAGGGUUAAUACCUUUUGAUAGAGAACAUUUAUAAAUCAAUAAGAAAAAAAGAUAAUAUCCCAAUAGAAAAAUAGCAUGCAAAAAAUAAAAAGAAAGUACAAAUGACUAGCAAAUAUAAGAAAAGCUGUUCAACCUCUGACUUAACAAUAAAUACAAAGUAAAUUUGUUAGUUUGGCAAAGAAUGUUAUUACCCAAUGCUGGGUGGGCAGGAGGAGAGUUACCCUCAUACAUUGUGCACAUAUAUUGUGGGUAUAAAAUACUGUAUUUACAUUUCAUAUUUUAUAUACUGUGGGUUUAAAAUGUGUAUACCCUUCGAUCUAGCAGUUCCUCUUUACAGCUUAUUUUUGGGAAAUAACCAGUUUUGUGACUAAAGAGGGAUCAUUCUAGUGCUAUAUAUUAGAUUUAAAAAAAAACAAUAAACAAACCCUCUUAAAUAUAGGAUUACAGGAUUGAUUAAUUUGAUUGAGUCAAUUAUAGUGUACCCAAGAUUGAUACAGAUUGCAGCCAUUAAAACAGCUGAGAUAACUUUGUAUGUAUUAAGGUAAAAAAGCAGACAUGAUCUCAUUUUAAUUAAAAAAAAAAAUGUAUAUAUGCAUGGAACCUUCCUGGAAAAUUACUUCUCACAUUAAUAAUUCCCAUUUCUGAGGAUGGGAUUAUAAAGAGACUUUUACUUUAUACAUUUCUGUAUUGAUUACAUUUUUACAAUGGAUUUUAACAACAACAACAAAACUCUAAAGAUAUCUCAAAUUUGAAAAAUAAUUAUCAUUGCAGUUUCUUGAACGCAGGAUCUGAGUUUUUCUUCAUGUCUCAGGUACAAUCUCUCUUCUCAGACCUUAGCAGAGAACAAGGCAUUUCUUUAAUUUACUUCUCCUCCAUUUUUCUGUCUACUCAGCUUCAGAUAUUGUUAAUCCCAUAUAAAUUAUGAGGAGUGUGUGUAUGUUUAUGCAUAUUGUUUUCCUUCCAGGGCACAUAAACGAGGUAUAAAUAUCAUCCCUGUUAACUCGGAGAUAUCUUAACAAACCAGGGAAAAUGGAGCCUACUCCAUCUUUUUGCCACAUGGGAUCCCACUGGUAAUAUUAUCCCAGACCUCACAUUCCUUAAUCUUUGGUACUUGGCACACUCUGGGAUUCCACCUGGGAAUUCAACAGAUGAGAACUAUUCAAGUCCCUCCCUUAGUUUAGUUACUUAGAACAUAGUGCUAAGGAAAUCGUUCUAAAUUUCAAGUUAACAGACCAAUCUUUAGCUGUCAGCCCCUAUGCAACUGGGUAGGGUCAAAUCUUAGAACUUCAGAAUAUUGGAUGUGGGAGAUCCCUUUUCCCAAUCUUUUCAUUUUACAAAUUCAAAAAUUCAAAUUCCUGGCUUCCUGUAAAGUGAGGAGUUAAACAAGAUGAUCCAUAAGUUCCUUUUGGUUUAAAAUUUUGUGAUUCCUGUUUCCUAGUCCAGAUCACACAUUCCAUCCCUGUGGAUCAGAUUAUUUUCCGGGGAAGCUAGAUUCCUGAUUUUAGGCCACAAACCACAUAGUCACAGGAGUCAAAGGAAGAUAAUACAAGAGCAGAGGCUGAACAGUGAGCACUUAUUUUACUAUAAGAAAGCAUGUGACUGCAUGAUCUAAUGGUUGCUUAGCAGUGCUGAACAUUGCUUCACUGUUGCAUGCGUGCUCCUGCAGCCCCUACUAAGGGCCAGGUUCUGUGCCUUAAACAAGACAACCAGGAGCUGUGCCUUCAUGGAGCUAAAGUCUAUUGGAGGAGACAAAGAAUCACAUCCAUAAUUAUUAAAUAGAAUUUAGGUGAGUGUGCUGAAGAGUAAGUGCUGUGAAGUCACCUCAGGGCUUCUGCUUAUGUCCCAGCAGUUUGAGCCCCACCCAUACAAUGGUGUCCAGCUGAGGGACUGUAUUAGUCUCCUAGGACUGCUGUAACAAAGUACCACCAAGCGGGUGGCUUAAAAUGGCAGAAAUUUAUUCUCUCAUAGUUCUGGAGGCUAGAAUUCUGAAUUCAGGCUGUCAACAGGGCCGUGCUGUCUGAGAAGGCUCUAGGAGAAGAUGCUCUGCUGUCUCUCCCAGCUUCUGGUAGCUACAGGCAUCGCUUGGUUUGCAGCUACACCAUAACUCUGUCUCUGCCUCUGUCUUCCUGUGGCUGUCUUCUUUCUGUGUCUCUUCUCUUCUGUAAAGACACCAGUCUUAUUGGAGUAGGGCCUACCUUACUCCAUAAUGACCUCAUGUUAACUGAUAACAUCUUCAAAUACCCUAUUUUCAAACAGGGACACAGUCACAGGUACAGGGGUUAGGACUUCUACGUGUCUUUUUUGGAGAACUCAGUUUAAUCCAUAACAGGGGGCAAGCAGACGCUAUAAUCCAAACUCUUUAUUCUGACGAGCCUGUGUUCACCCAGAAGAAAACAAACAAACAAACCUCCAUAGGAUUUUCUUGGAUGUAAUAUUUAUGGAAGCAGACCACCAGGCCUUUUCUCCUUGGCACCAUUGAGUAGAUUAGAAUAGCCAACGUUUUACCUAGUAGUCAAGUGCAAAUUAUUUAUACCACCCAGAGACCUUUCACUCAGAAGAAGGAGCCUUUUUAAAUUGAUCCCUUCCACAGAGGGUACCUUUUGCAGUUUGCUGCAAAGCACCCUGUGUUCUUGUGACUGUUUUGGAGGAUGCUAUGAAAUACCUACAGGGGGCCUAAACUAGUUAUGGGGGGCCAGGAAAUCUUUCCUCAGGACAUGACCACAUUGAGACGUGAAGGCUGAGCAGGAGUUAACCAGCUGAAGGGAGGAGGGAAGAAAAGUGAUCCAGACACAGUAUGGCUGAAGACCCCAUGUCAGGGAAGGACUUUAAGGAAAUGAAAGAAGGCCCUUGUGGCUGAAAUGAAGUGAUCCAAGGGCAGAAGACGUGAGCAAUAUGACUAGAGCAGUGGGAAAGUCCAGACUAUGCUGGGCUUUUUAAGCCAUGGUAGAAAUUGUGGACUCUACUCUAAGAGCUGGACAAUGGAUAAGGAAGACUAGAGGUGAAAUGAUGCCUUUGAAUUAUGGUGUUGGUGAAGAUUAUUGAAUAUACCCUAAACCGCCAGAAGAACGAACAAUCCUGUCAAGAAGUACAGCCAGAAUGCUUCUUAGAAGCAAGGAUGGCGAGACCUCAUCUCAUGUACUUUGGACAUGUUAUUAGGAGGGACCAGUCCCUGGAGAAGGACAUCAAGCUUGGUAAAGUAGAGGGUCAGUGAAAAAGAGGUAGACCCUCAAUGAGAUGAAUUGACACAGUGGCUGCAACCAUGGUCUCAAACAUAGCAACGAUUGUGAGGAUGGCGCAGGACUGAGCAGUUUUGUUCUGUUGUACAUAGGGUCACUAUGAGUCGGAACCAACUCUUCAGCACCUAACCAAAACUCCAACAGUAAUGAGAAGCCAUCGGAUAAUUGAUUUAAGAGAGUGACUUAAGCAAGUUCAAUUAAAUUUUCUUAUUUCCUCAUUUUAUCUAAUUCUAGUCAAAACCCUUAGUCUCAUAUUGGGAUCAUUCUGAUAGGAUAUGGAAAGGAAAGUUCAGGCUUGCUUCUGUUACAUUUCUCUGUGAUACUGUUUAUCAUGCGCAACACAAAAAAUGUUUUAAAACAUUGGCUUUAGUAAGUUAAGAGGAUGUAAUGUGAAGUGCUCAGAUCAUCAGAAUGGGUACUGAUCACAACUGCAAUAUGUUAGGUUUUUAAAGGAAAGCCCAAGCAAGAACCACUGCCCAGGGUCAGUCUGCUGAAUCAGCAGUCUAAAGAAGCAGACCUCACCACUUCUCCUGUUCCACCGAACUACUGGUGUUAGCUUGAAUUCCUUAUUCAUUAUCAUAGUGACCUGUUGCUUGUGUUGUUUUAGCGUCCAGCCCAUGUUUUGCUCUUUGCCAGUACGGUGGAUGUGUAUCUUCUAAGCAAAGAACAAUCCAGGGGUGAAUAUAGAAUAAUUUUCUUCAAAUAGCUCAGCAUUUUAGUCUUUCUUUACUAAGUGACUAGAUUAAAUGUUUUCACAGUUACUUUGGUCAAAUGAUUAUUAUUUAUUUGGUUUUGGAAAGAGAUUUCAAAAGAGUGAUAAUAAAAAUGAACAAUCCAGAGUUGUUUUUUUUAAAUUGAAGAUUAGUAGGAAAGAGACCUCUGCUGGCUAAACUGGUAUAACGACCUAGAGUUGGCCUGUGACCCAGCAAAAAGCUGUAAUGGGUGUGACCUGCCUGUUAUGCUUUUGCAGGUGUUAGCGAAUUGUUUGUUCAUUUCUUCAUCUGUCAACUCAGAUUCAUUUGGAGCUAAUAUAAAAUGACCUCUAAUUCCCAACCCCAACCGUAAUCGUUUCAGUUUCAAUCUUUAGGGAAAGUGUUGUUAGCCUUUCAUAUUUCUGGAAAACAAUAGCUCUAAAUAUCAGCCCUGCUUAAAAUUCAGACCUGAAAUAACUCCUGCUCUUAUUUUCCUUUUCCCUUUUCUUCCUCCAUCUCCCCUUCUCCUUUACUUCAGUACAACAAAAUAAAACAAUGCUUCACUCAAAAGAGUACUGCUGAUGGAAAGGGAGAAGGAGGGAACUCACUGCUUAUCUCUAGCACAUCCUCAACUGAAUAUCAGGGCUUGGGGACCAGUGUUAGGGUUAUAUGCCUGAAAAAGGCUAAGGUCUUCUGAUGGAUGUGUCCAACCAUGGGAAUGUGGGUGCACCAUAGUGGAGUGAGAUUGUGUGAAUGGGAGACACAAUGCUUGAGAAUGUAGAGGGUGGUCGGGAAGGAGAAGGAAGGAGAAUGUCUCCUUGAGACCUUGUGCCUGGCAACAGAAUAAUGAUAAUAACGGAUGCCUCACCUCAACAGGAUGGAUUGACACAGUGGCUGCAAUAAUGGGCUCAAACAUAACAACCAUUGUGAAGAUGGCGCAGGACCGGGCAGCUGUACAUAGGGUUAUAUGAGUAGGAAUAGACUCAGGGGCAGCUAACAACAUCAACUAUGUGCCAGGCCCUGGUCUAGGCAUUUUACGUAUUUUAAUUCUGUUUCUUGCUUUCCUUCUCUUUUCAAAAUCUUAAGAAUGUCCUUCUUUGGAAAAAUGUAAUAUAUGUGAAAAAUUUAGAAUAAUGUCUGCAUGCUGCUUUAUUAUUAUAUUAUGUUUUUACUCUUGCAUAAGCUGCAAUCCCUACACACCAGGAGAACCUCUCCCCAUGCUUACUAAGACCACUGGUAACCACUCAUCUACCUUCUGUCAUGGAGAUGCAUUUGCCUGUUCUGGAUGUUUCAUGUCCAUUUAUAUUCAGGUGUUUUUCAAAGGCCACCUUCAAAGGCACUCAAAAUACACAGUGGUCGAAACAAUGGACUCGAGGAUACCAACUUCAUGAAAGUAGCGCAGGACAGGGCAACAUUUUAUUCUGUUAUACAUGGGAUCUCCAUGAAUUGGAGCUGACUCAAGACAACUAACAAUAGCAACAACAUCUGAAGGUCACUUUCCACCAUGUCACAUCCUUCUGGAUGAAGGCAGCAGGGGCCAGGACAGGAAAUGGCAAAUUCACAGAACCAGACAAGGCUUUCCCAGGGCAGCCAUUGGUCCUUGGGAACUAUAAAGCAUGCUCAUCCAGAAACGGCCUCAGAUUUUCCUUUCCCGGAGGCAGCCAAGUGGAUGGGCAUGGAGAGGCCGGCGGCCUGGGAGCCUCAGGGCGCGGACUCGCUGCGGCGCUUCCAGGGGCUGCUGCUGGACCGCCGGGGUCGCCUGCACGGCCAGGUGCUGCGCCUGCGGGAGGUGGCCCGGCGCCUCGAGCGUCUCCGCAGGCGCUCCCUGGCGGCCAACGUGGCGGGCAGCUCGCUGAGCGCCGCGGGUGCUGUCGCCGCCAUCGUGGGCCUCUCGCUCAGUCCCAUCACCCUGGGGGCCUCGCUUCUGGCGUCUGCCGUGGGGCUGGGGGUGGCCACCGCCGGAGGAGCCGUCACCAUCACUUCCGACCUCUCCCUGGUCUUCUGCAACUCCCGGGAGCUGCGGAGGGUGCAGGAGAUCGCCGCCACCUGCCAGGACCAGAUGCGCGAGAUGCUGAGCUGCCUCGAGUUCUUCUGCCGCUGGCAGGGCUGCGGGGACCGCCAGCUGCUGCAGUGCGGGAGGAACGCCUCCAUUGCCCUGUACAACUCCGUCUAUUUCAUCGUCUUCUUCGGCUCACGUGGCUUCCUCAUCCCCAGGCGGGCAGAGGGGGCCACCAAGGUUAGCCAGGCCGUGCUGAAGGCCAAGAUUCAGAAACUGGCCGAGAGCCUGGAGUCCUGCACCGGGGCUCUGGACGAACUCAGUGAGCAGCUGGAGUCCAGGGUACAGCUCUGCACAAAGUCGAGCCGCGGCCACGACCACAGGAUCCCUGCCGACCAGCCCGCAGGACUGUUUUUCUGAGAACCUUUCCGCCUCAUGACUAAGGCCAGAAACCAUCCCCAUGGGAUGCUCCGGAUUUAUAGCUCCCUCAGGAAAACACUAAGUUGGGUCAGGAGCUGAAUGCAAAGGAUGAGAAAAAACUUCUUGAAGUGGGUGGCUCCUCAGUGUCCUUUUCCUGUCACUGUCCUUUUCCCGUCACUGUGACAUCCCGCAUGGGGUUGAGUGCCAGGGACUUUUCACUUGCUCCCAGUGGGGUAUGUGACCUGAAGAUGGUUUUUCCUUUUUCAAAACCUUUCAGUCUUCACACAGCUGAGGCAAAGUAGCUGGUCACUCCAGUUUUAAAGUUGAGGGCAUCCCUGCCCUGCUGUGGUGGUGUGAGCUGAGGUUGGAGAGCGUACAGAGAGGAAGCCAUGCUCUGGGUCCUCUCUGAGACCCGCUAGGCUCUGCAGGUCCUUAAAAUCCCUGUGAGAGGUUAGCUCUAAAACCUUUUUUCCAGAGUUUCUGAGUACAAAGAACCCCAGAGUCCAAAGCAGGCCAGAACCCCUCUGAACCUUCCAGGAGGGUUCAGGACCUAGACAGGGCCUUCCUUUCACCUCUCAGCUCACCCACUCACAGAACCAGCCUGGGAAUGGAGUGGACCUUUUCUGGGUGGCUGUGGCCUGGGCUUUCAAACCCAACUUCCAGGUAUUCUGAUAGAGGAAAAAAAAGUAAGCUGGCAUCUAAGUCCUGCCCCCUUGCAUAAAGAAGCUAAGGCCAAGAAAGAUGGAGUGCCUAAAAUUUUUGUUUACCAAGAGAAAAGAGCAGUGGCUUUUGAAUUAGACAGUCCUGGGUUUGUCAUUUGUGGCUUUGUCACAAACUGUGUGACUUUGGCCAAUUAAUCUCUGAGAUUUAGCUUUCUGGUCUUGUAAAAUGGAGAUGAUAAAACAUCACCCUGUUGUGAGGUAUUAAAUAAAGUGCCUAGUACAGUGUCUGGCACACAAAGUGUGGUACCUGGACUGGCAGCAUUAGCAUCACCUGGGAACUUGUUAGAUAGGCACAUUCUCAGACCCACUCUUGACUUACAGAAUCAGAAACUCUGGGGGUGGGGCCCAGCAACCUGUGUUAAACCAACCCUCCAGAUGACUGUAAUACACACUAAGGUUUGGAAACCAGUGUAACAGUGAGACUUCACGAAGACACACAGCCUCUCUAGGGGCUCCAUGGUCUUCAGAGUCAUUCACAGAAGGUCAAGGACAGACUUUGUCUCACAAGCAAAAGAAAAAAUGUGUAUGUGUGUGUGAUUGCUCAUCAGUGCAUCCUAGGGCCAUUUCCCAUCUGAACUAAGGGAUGUAACAUAAUAAGCCCUUUAGAGGGCAGUAUUGCCCACUCAUUGUGGAAAUUGGUACAGAAAGGAAUGUGAAUUUACAGGGAACUGACCCUUCUCUGGAAACCCUGGUGGCUUAGUAGUUAAGUGCUAAGGCAGCUAACCAGAGCGUGGGCAGUUUGAGUCUACCAGGCGCUCCUUGGAAGCUGUAUGGGGCAGUUCUACUUGGUCCAAUAUGGUCGCUAUGAGUCAGAAUCGACUCGAUAGCACUGGGUUUGGUUUUUGGUUUUGGGACCUUUCUCUAUUACCUUCCCUGAAAACCAUCAGACCAUGUCUUUUUUUAAUUUAUUUUAAGUUUGUUAUUUAAUUUCUGUUUAUUAUUUGCAUUUAAUUUUAUUUAAGCACCAUAUUUAGAACAUAAUAGGUAGGAAUAGCAAGUUUUCGAAUGGGACACAACUGAGGCUCUCUUCAAAAUAAGAGGUUGAGUUUUACUUUCUAAGGCAGAGCAUCAGCUGGGAAUAGCAUUGCUCUCCUUGAAUAAGUCUUUUCCUUCAGACAGAUUUUUUUUUUUUUAGUGUUUUAAGUAAGUGUUGGAAGUUUGGAAUAGAGAAACCAGAAUUUGAGCUUAAGCUUAUAAAUGAAGGCUUGAGUUGAGGGACAUGUAAAUGAUACAAGUAUUCUUAUUCUGAAGGUACUCUGCCAGCAAAUAACACUUGACCUGGAAGGAGAACCUAUUUAGGGCAGGAAACAAUAACAAAUAGAGACGUGUAAAGGAAUUAUGACGAUGUGCUGUAUUUCUACUUUAGGGUCUGUAAGAACUCUGUUAAGCUAUCUCUAAGAAAAUACUUAUAUUCUCUUCAAUUUUCAUUCCUACAACUGUGAUAUUGAAAAAAAUAUGUUGCAAAAUCUUUGGGACCACACACAAAAAACCUGGCGCUAUUAUUUAAUUAUUCAAUAUACUAUACGUUUAUCAACUCUACUUCACUGUUCCCAAUGAUGGCAGUGUGUCUGAGGGAGUAUAAUUUCAGUGCUGGGAGGAGAAGUUGGUAUUUCUAUACUUUUAUUAUUCCUAUAAAUUGCAAUUUAUCUGCAUCCUGGUUUAUUUUGAAGUUGAUAUUGGUUUCUUUUUAAACCGAUGUCCUUUCCUAGACUACCUUGCACAGGUGCUAGAAUUUUACACCACCAGAAUGUACUUCGUAUUGUCAUUUGUGGUUUUUAUGUCAUAAAGGUACAGCCACUCCCUAGCUUCAUGUUUUUUUUAAUGCUUAAGUUUGAUUUGCUCUUCCAGUGCCUAAGCUAUUCCUUAGAAAUAAACUGGGCACCUUUGGAAGUAGUAGCAAACUUUUCCUAUCAUUAGGGUAUCUCGGAUGUAUCAAAGUCCUAACUUCUGAAGUUAUAAUUUCAUUGGCCCAAUUUAAAUCUAAAGAAGACUGUCUACUUUGGAAGGCUACUUUGCACAUAAUGGGAGCUCAAUGAAUGCAUUUGAAUAAUUUAAUCAACUGCUUAGCUAUGUUAAACCAAUUUGUUAAUAAUGAAAGAUCAUCCAUCCUCUUAUGUGCCUCUUAUGAAGAUUGGAGCCUUUACCAAGCUUUAGUCAAAUUCAGUUAAAUUGAUCCUAGAGACAAGUAUAUAUUUAUUUCUUUUGUGGGAAUAUGAAUAAGGCUUCUUUUAAGGCAUUCAUUCUGUAAACAAACAGGUUGAAAAUUAUAUGUUGUAACGAAGGGAGAGGGGUAUUUAGAUUACAAGUGUACUUCAGAAAAAUGUCAGAAUUUGAAAAAUAAAUAUGUUUGUGCUAAUAUGUUGCUCUCUCUUAGUUUCUUGGGUUUGCAAUCAUUUGGAUUGUUUUCUUUCACAAUAAAGGAGAUUCAUUUGGUUCUGCAUUUCAAGGAUUCAAUAAAAUUACACUCUGCCCCACUAAAAAAAAAAAAAUCCUUAGCAAAUAUUCUGAACCUAAGUGCUUUUAGGUUCAGAAUAUUUGCUAAGUGCUAUUCUGAACCUAAGUGCGUUUGCCCUCAGGCACCUGUCAUUUCCAAUAUGCUAUAUGUCAACAUCAAUGGUAUUUACUGGGGUGGGGGAGGGGGUAGAGGGAAGAGUGCUGUAGAAGCCACUCUAGAUUAGAUAUGUCAAACAAUCAGUCAACUUGAAAUAUUUCUCAUUUGAUAUCUUGGUAUGUAAAGAAGGUAGAGGGAAUUGAGACACUGAGAUAAGGACAUUAUACACAGAUAAUAGGGAUACAAUUAAAUGCAGCAAUUUUUGAACUCCACAUUGCUGCCAUAAAACACAUUUUUUCCCACUGUAGCAAGAUUAGUCCAUCCCCUUUACUGAAAUAAAUUGCCCAUCCCACAAACUUUUUGAUCUCCCUGUAAUUAUCUAAUCCCAUGUUUGCCUGUGUAUGAAUUAGUAAAUUUGAAAAAGGGCAGAUGUUCGAUUAUUUCCACUUAGAAUAUUCAACAUCAAACUACAUGAAUCAAUUGUGAAAAAGCAAUCAACUCAUAUACAAGAAUUGUCUUAUUAUCUAGAAGUCAGACUUACAGCAGCCUCAAAACCUUUGAACAUAAUUACAACUUGCUAAGUACCAGGUAAUCCUUGAUUUAUUCAAGUUAAAACAGGCACAUU